AUGUCAUCAUGGCUAUCCAAUGUCGCUUCUUCUCAUAAAGUUCAACUUGGCGUCACGGCCGUCGUAAGCGGCUGUAUUGCUGCAGUCGCAGUAAUUGGGCUGCAGAAGGCGAGGAAAGAAUACAAUGUACACGAUCUAAAAGGCUCAAUACCGGACCUGGAUGAGCCGCAUGAUGUCGAAAAGAUUAACAAUUUCGGUGGUGCAGUCCCCGAGGAGCUUCUCGAGAACCGAGAUGACGAGAGAAGUGCUGCACUGGCGAGAAGGGCAAGGCUCGGAGACUACGAUGAAGCUCUCAUCCUCGAACAGUUAGCCCGAAAUCGUGUCUUCCUCCAAGACGAUGGACUUGCUAAACUUCGGAAAGCCUUCGUGAUCGUGGUAGGCUGCGGUGGUGUGGGAUCUCACGCGACAGCGGCUCUCGCACGGUCAGGCUGCGGACGUCUUCGCCUCAUCGACUUUGAUCAAGUGACACUCAGCUCACUCAAUCGUCAUGCCGUCGCGACGCUCGCAGAUGUAGGCACGCCGAAAGUCAAGUGUCUAGAAAAGCGUAUGGAGCAGAUCGUACCCUGGACGCAUUUCGAUUCGAGGAAUGAGCUGUUCGGUGAGGCCACGGCGGCUAAGCAGCUGGAGCCGUGGAGCGACGGCCAGAAGCCGACGUAUGUCAUUGAUGCUAUCGACAACAUUGACUCGAAGGUUGCCUUGUUGUACUACUGCGCUACCAAUGGCAUUCCUGUCAUAUCAUCCAUGGGAGCUGGCUGCAAGUCAGAUCCCACGAGAGUCUUCAUUGGCGACAUUUCUGCUUCGACAGACGAUCCGCUCUCUCGCAGUACCCGGAGAAAGCUGCGGAUGCGUGGAGUGAAAGAUGGCAUUCCGGUCGUCUACUCGCAGGAGAAGACGGGGCCUGGCAAAGCUCAACUUUUGCCUCUCCCCGAAGACGAAUUCCAAAAAGGCGCUGUCAACGAGCUUGGUGUCUUGCCCGACUUCCGCGUUCGAAUCCUGCCCGUGCUUGGAACUAUGCCUGCAGUGUUUGGGCUGUGCGUUGCAAAUCACAUCAUGUUAGAAAUCGCCAGUUACCCACACGACUAUCUAGCCAGCAAAGCGCGGGAAAAGAUGUACGACGGUAUCAUGGGACAUCUCUCAGGCCUGGAAGAACGACUCGCAAAACACCAAGGCUACGAGUCAACCGGCUUGCGGCUACCAGUCACCAACGACGACGUCGGCUAUCUCGUCGAAGAAGUCUUCCGUGGUCGAAGUGUUGUGUCUGGCCUGGCGAGUCGGCUUGUGCUCACAAGAUGGCGGAAACCGGAAGGUCCGUGGGUUGAUCUGAGUACGCCGGGUCAGAAGGCGGAUACCUUGCGGUUGGAUGAGUUGGUGUGUAUGACUAAGGACGAGAUGUUGAAGCAUGAGAAGAUCGUUCUGAAAGAGGGACGGACGCCGGAGGAGGUGUACGGCAAGGAGGUCGUGGAGCUUGUUGAGAAGAGGAUGAAGGAGGAGAGGGCGUAUAGAAGUCAAAGGUAG